GGAUCGGGUUGGCACAGCACGCUCCGUAGGGCCCCUAUCGGUUCCCGGGUACAGUCGGUGAAUAGUGUGUGUAGCGCUAGAACGGGACCGAGAGAGUGGCGGAUGCGUUAUCUACGGUGCGUGGGCCGGUUUUAAUCUACCACGCAGCCCGAUUGUGGAACGCUAUCAGCACGCGCAGGCAUUGUCUGGUAAUCGUGCACGAGUCAUCCUAGUUCGCUGCUGCCCCCUAGUCGCUCUACAUACGUCGCGCGGGAAGGACUUUGCCUUUCGGUGGAUCCUGGAAUCGGAAGAUUGCAGUGUAAUUCGAGGUUAGGGUUUGAUCACUCUCUCGAUCUCCAGUGUCCGUUGCACGUUCGAUCUCGAUUUUUCGCUCAGAAUCCUAACACCACACACGGGAUCGGUGCUAAUUCUAAACCUCGAAACCACCAGACACAGAACGAAUUUAACACCGCGAACGGAAUGCGAGUCGGCGCGUCAGAGCCAACUUGAUGACCAACUUCUGUCAAGAAUAGCUGGUGGUGUGUGCGUUCACUUACUCUCUCUCGGUGCGGUGCGUCCCAUUAACGCGUUUGUGUGGGAAGAAAGAAACUAAUUCCGUCGACCCCGAAGACCGGGGCGUGUGGCUUAUCGGCUUGGCGAAAUUGCCGGCCGUGAACGGCGAGCGCAACGCGCUCCAUUCAAGGCCUACUAAUACCGUGCCCGCCAAUUCAUCUGCUCGAGCAGAGAAAGAGAUUCACACUCGAGUGACAACGCACAACGGAUCGAGCGUCUUUCUAUCGUCGCGUUGCUACUGCGUGUUUGAAUCUGGCGAAUGACAAAGGCGACAUUUUUCCAACACAAAAAACCGGUCCUUCUCAAUCGCAAGGACGAAAUUCAUUAGCCUGCCCCGUUUUACGCCCGUGUGUAUGUAUGUGUGUGCGUGAGUUGCGAAUCCUUCCUACGUAGCCGUACCGGUUGCCAAGGUUACGGUCGAGCUCGGAGCUCCGAGUUGGAAACGAUCUGAAUUUACGUGUUACGAAUCUGUUUUGGGGCGAAGCGUGAAUCCGCGUUCCGGCGCGCUGUUUCGGCUGUAUGUUACAAUCUGCGCAACAGGCCGCGGUCACGGCCGAUACGGAGAAAGGUGCCGUCUACCAGCUGGCCAGCAACAACAACGGAGGGUGCACCAACAUCAGGUCCAAAACGGAUCACCCGGUGCCCCAACGACGAACCAUGCUUGUGAAGGAGGUCUGUAACCGGCGAUGCAUCCUAACAUCGGCCGGACUGCUGCUGCUCGCCAGUGGCAGCUUCUUCAUCCUGUUCUUUCCGGUCAUCUUCGAGGACAUACUGCACGAGGAGUUAAAAUUGCGGCCAAGUUCCCGGGGGUACGAUGCCUGGGUGUCGCCACCGUUCCCACUGGCGAUGGAUGUGUAUUUCUUCAACUGGACCAACCCGGAAGAUAUCACGAACCAUUCGACGAAACCGAUCCUCGAGGAGCUCGGUCCGUAUCGGUUCAUCGAGCGGCCGACAAAGGUGGACAUCGAGUGGCAUGACGCCAACCACACCGUGAGCUACCGGAAGAAAAGUGUCUACCACUUCGAUGAGGAGGGUAGCAAUGGCAGUCUGGACGAUGUGAUCAGCAGCAUCAAUAUAGUGGCCGUGUCUGCGGCGAAGAAAUCGAAGUACUGGAACUAUCUGCGGCAGAAGGGCGUUUCGAUGGGCUUCAAGCUGUACGAUCAGCAGAUUAAUGUGGUGAAAACGGCCGGCGAACUUCUGUUCGAUGGCUACGAAGAUAACAUGGUGCUGAUGGGCAAACACUUGUUCAACGACGAAGACAUUCCGUUCGAUCGUGUCGGAUGGUUUUAUACGAGAAAUAAUUCGGCUGAUCUGAUCGGUCACUACAACGCGCACACGGGCGUCGACGAUAUCAACAAGCUGGGCACGAUGGGCGAAUGGAACUAUCAGCCACGGACGGACUUUUUCGAGGGAAGCUGCGGUAUGCUGAAUGGCUCGGCGGGCGAAUUCUAUCCCCCAGGGCUCACGAAGGACCGGCCGGUGGAGCUCUUCACACCCGAUAUGUGCCGCAGUUUACCACUCGAAUUUGAGCAGGAAGUUACGGUGCAUGGCGUAAAGGCGUACAAGUACGCCGGUGAUCGCCGAGCGAUUGACAACGGCACACUAUUUCCCGAGACGGCUUGCUUCAGUGCCGGCGAAAUAGUCCCCUCCGGCGUGUUGAAUAUUUCCUCCUGCCGCUACGGAACACCCGUUUUUGUAUCUUUCCCGCACUACUACGGAGCCGAUCCGUUCUAUCUGAAUCAAGUCGAGGGCCUGCAACCGAUGAAGGAGAAGCACCAGUUCUACAUGUCACUCGAACCGACCACCUCCGUCCCGCUUGAUGUUGCCGCACGGCUUCAGCUAAACAUUAUGAUUGAGCCAUACGAGAACGUAAAUAUCUUCGCCGACGUCAAGCGUGUAUUCUUGCCCGUUCUGUGGUUCGAGCAACACGUCCUGAUGCCAGCGGACCUCGUCGGUGAAAUCGCCUUCGCCCUUACCGUACCGUCCAUCGUUCGGUUCUGUGGAAUCGUAAUGGUUGUUUGUGGCGUCGCAAUGCUACUCUGGAUGCCACUGGAACGUAUGCUGUGCCGGAGGAGACGCGUUGCGUCUGCUAACCGACAUCAGGCCACAACCCAUAACGGAAUACAUUCCUUCGCCAACGGGGCCGAUAAGUGUUUGCUCCAUUCGUCGGAGAAAAACGGUAAACCGACGACGAUCGUCCUGGUCGAUAGGCUGCUGGUGGAAAAAGUGGAAAAACAACCGCUUCCGGACUGUAUCACGCUGCCCGGGAAUCACCCAGCGAUGGAACCGGAAAGCUUUCCACUGAUCGAUACAAAGGGGACAACGAUCGUAAAGUCAUGAGGAAGUUGUUGGGCAACAACGGGGACAGUCGCGCAUUUUGAUGCACCGAUAUCGGUGUUCGGACCAGGAUUCCUAGAGCACGUUCCGCGUGAGCAAGACCCAAGAGCGAUAGUAUGACUGAAUCGAUCGGUUGAUUGAUAGGAUUUAGUGAAAGACACUACCGUAAACAUUACCACAUUGGAACGACAGCAAGUGUGUCCCGGGGAAGGGAGAAUCCUCAUUACAGUAGUAGCUUACCACUUGGCCAGCGGUACGAACGCAUCCUGCUGUUCAGGCGGUCUUACGAUAGAGAUCUAUACGCUAAGAUGAUUUAAGAGACGCCAAGACGGUGAUUUUUGAUUGCAUGAUUCUAUGGUACAACUGAUACCAUUUUUCUGUAGUCUUAAUUCCACUGAGGAGCAUUAUUUACUCACUUCUUAAAGCAACUUUACGCAAACACACAACACCGAUUUUCUGAUAUCUCGUUUAGCUGCGACUUGGGGACCAGGAUCCACACACGCCCCUGAGAUUAAGUUUAGUUUCCCUUUUAACGUAGAGUCGAGAAGACCGUUAGAGUUCACGAGGCCAAAGGAUUAUAGCCCGUAUUGUUCCCGCAAAAAAGAGAAACAUUCUGCUUAGAGUAAGAUUAAGUUAGCUAAGGUUAGCGUUUUAGCAUUCCCUGUGCUCCACACAUCACUUACCAUACCAAUCAAUCGUCCAAUCGUCCGUAUCUUGUUGUGGGGCCCACGUUCGUGAUAACAGUGACGAGAUCCUAGAGCUUAAUGUGCAAUUAUUGGAUCGUGAUGCCAACAAUUCAUAACUGCGGGUCACAUCAAGCAAAUGUUGCACGGUGCGCUUCCAGUUUACCUCGACACUCCAUGUAAGUGCCUUUCGUUUCACGUGGGCAAAGGCAGAUGAUGUGACAAGCGAAACGCCAGAAUGCGAAUGUGCAAGAAGUGUAUUGGUAAGCGUUCGUUUAUUGUUAGAAAGACAAACCAACUAUGCAUGCUAUAGGAUAAGAAUGAAAGUAAAACAGGCUGUGUACG